AUGGAUUACUUCAAAGCCGUUGACCUGACCCUUCCCCCUCACUUCAUCGCUGCCCUCAGCAGACCAACCGUCCUUGCUGGCUUUGCAUGUGUCUUUGUGUUCUCCCAGCUUCUGGUCUGGACUGUCAAGUACUCGCGCAAGAAGUCCAAGGGUCUGGCAGAUAUCCCUGGUCCAUCUGGAUGGCCCCUAAUCGGGAUUGGCCUGGAUCUGCCGGCCCGCCCCCGUGAAUUGUUAAACUCCUGGGCAACCCAGUUUGGUGACACCUUCAAGGUACGCGUGGGGUGGUACAACUGGGUGUUUUUUAACCAUCCAGAUGCGGUCAAGGAAGUGUUUGAUCGGCAGGCGGCUGUCACGUCCGGCAAACCACCUCUCCCCAUCGCCCAAGAAUAUUGUCUUCGGGGCGAUGGCGUGCUGCCGAUGACCUACAGUGCAAAGUGGAAACGUCUGCAUGCCUUUUUGAAGCAGCUGCUUAAUGCCAAGGCAUCGGCGGCGUUUAUCCCCAGCCAGGAAUUUGAGAUCAAGCAACUUCUAUGGGAUCUCAGCCAUGAGGCGGGGAAAAACAGCACAGAUUUCUAUAUGCACAUCCGCCGCAUGACCUUCUCCAUUGUAAUGACGUCCGCGUACGGCCUUCGGAUCCCUCAGUGGGACUGCCAGGAGGUCCGUGACGUAUAUGGAAACAUGCGGAUGCUGUCAAUCAUCCUAAGCCCCGGGGUGUUCUGGAUUGACGUAUUCCCGCCCCUUAACUGGUUACCACGGUUUCUAUUCCCGUCAUGGCCCAAAGCCAAGUUCAUGGCACAGAAGAUGCACGCAAACAAGAUGAGGCACUGGAACAACCUCAAGGAGCGGAUUGCCCUCGGGAAUGCGCCCGACUGCUUCGCCAAAGACCUCAUGGAGUCAAACUACCGCGAGCACGGACUCGAGGAGGAGACGGUCUCCUGGCUAGCGAGUGCGGUGCCGGAAGCCGGAGCGGAGACAACGGCCAGCGCACUCAACGGCAUGAUCAGGUACUUGGCCAUGUUCCCGGAGGCCCAGGCCCGAGCCCACGAGGAGGUCACACGGAUCCUUGGCGAUGAGCGGAUGGCCACCCUGGCCGAUGAGCCACAAAUGCCCUAUAUCAAAGCAGUGAUCAAGGAGACGCUGCGGCUGUGUCCCGUGGCCACGACGGGGCUGCGUCGGAUGGCUGACGGCGAUGUCAAGUACCGUGACCACGUCAUCCCCAAGGGAACCAUCCUGCUCGCGAACCUGAACGCACUGCAUUGGGACCCGGAGCGUUUCCCGGAUCCGUUCAGCUUCAAGCCGGAGCGGUACCUCAACCAUCCCAAUCGAUCAGCGGUGUACGCAGCCGGGGGGGACAUCAUGGCCCGUGACCACUUCACCUUUGGCGCCGGACGUCGCAUCUGUCCAGGAAUCCACCUGGCAGAGAACGGGCUGUUUUUGGCGGUGUCCAACCUCAUCUGGGCCUACGAGUUCAAGCUGCCCCUGGACGAGAAGGGCAACGAGAUCGCCCUAGAUAUCAGCGACGAGGGAUUCAUGGAAGGUGCCAUCCGCGUGCCAAAGCAGUACACCGUCCGAAUCCUGGAAAGAAAUCCGGCGCGGUCCCGGCUUAUCCAGGAGUCGUGGGAACAGGCCCAGAAGGAUGGAUACAUCCUGCGAGGCGUACGUGUCGAUGCGGAUGGAGGAGUGAGAGGCAGCGCAAAGGUUAAGGCAUAA